UGGGCAGAGCCUCUUGUUCUGUGCCUGAUUAAGAAAACACUUACAGCAAGCAUAGGAAGAACACAGGGAACCUAAAGAAAAUGCAGAGUUUUGGGUCUACUUUGCUCUUCACCAUGUUCAGCUAAGAGGCUUUGUGGAUCCCAUUUUAAAGAAAUGUAAUAAAAGGACUUCAAGUGGCAUUAAAAGGAAAAACAUGGGGAUACUAUAUUCACAGCCCAUUUGCCAGGCUGCUUACAAUAAUGACUUCAACGAACUUCAGCUCCUAUUGGAAGAAGACAUCAGUAAUCUGAAUGCUCAGGACCAUUUUGGUGGAGACACACCAUUAAUCUGUGCAUGCAAGAAAGGGCACAAUAGAAUUGUCAGUUACCUUCUGAAAAUGGAUGCUGAUGUGAACAUAAAAAAUAAGAAAAAAAGAACCUGUUUGCACUAUGCUGUCAAAAAACGAUUUGGUUUCCUUGAUUACUUGCUCAUCAUACUUUUAAUGCCUGUUAUGCUACUGGGAUAUCUUCUAAUGAUUUCUAAAAGUAAGCAGAACGAACACCUCAUCAAGAUGCUACUUAGAGCUGGUGCAUAUGUUAAUGCUCAAGAUGAUUUAGGACGGACUGCCCUACACUACGCUUGUGAAAUGAAAAACCAGUCCAUCAUUCCAUUAUUAAUUGAAGCAGGUGCUGACAUUUCCAUAAAGGACAAGGAUGGAGAGACUCCAUUAGACAUAGUAAGAAGAUUAAAGUUCCUCAACAUAGAACACAUAUUAAAGAAGGAUUCCUAGCUCAUUACAUCUGAAAUUGUUAGAAAAGCCCCAACCCAUGGGGCCAAUUCAUUGUGAUAAAUGCAAUUCCAUUUACAAUUUCAAGUAACAUCAAGCUUACAUCAGCCAAUAAGCUUAUGCAAAAGAAUAGACUGCACUAAAUCCUGUUGCUGAGGUUUCAUGGGUGAUAAAAUCAAAAUGAUGUGGUCAAUUUUGUGAGCAUCAAAACAUUAUUUUUAUUUUCAUGAUUGUUUUCUUAAUAAAGUACAAAGUCAAUGUUUUUCAAACUUGUCCAAAUAAGAUGUGUGGACUUCAAUUUCCAGAAUUCCCCAGCUAGUUGAAGUCCACACAGAGUUUGUCAAUUUGAAAACCAUUGGUACGGUAUUUAUUUCAUUGGUAUUAAAUUGUGCAAUUUAUAUGUGUUGUAAUCAAAACGGAUUUAGCAAUAAAGAUCUGUUGCAAAUUUACUUUUAAUCUGUCAAAAA